GAUCACGGACAGGCACAUGACAGUAACCGCAACUGGAUCUACAACAUCUGGUGGUAAAUAUAAUAGGAAAGCAUCAACGAGAAGAGAUGUUCGAAUGCGUGAUAUGAAAUGUCGUGUCACAGGAGACAUUGCCGGCCGGCGGCAGAGGGGAUUUAAUUUCGUUGGAUUAGAAGUUGCCCAUAUGUUCCCUCUCGGUGGGAUAGAUUUAUUUCCAGUGUCGUUCCCUCGCCGCGAUCCUCGGUUAAGCGUGUUCUAUAAAGAAACUAAGAUCCCCUCCAAGCCAUCCAAGGAAAACCUCGACAUACCCCUCAAUGCCAUUGUUCUCCGUUCUGAUGUGCAUAGGCUGUUUGAUGAUUAUCAGUUUGGCAUCGAUGGACAUCUAUGUUAGCAGCCUGGCUUGAGCACAAACAAGUUGCUGAUAUUCAUCCAAUUCUUCUCCGUCAUCAUUAUCACCCUGCUAUUUUGUGGCAUGUUGCAGGCACCGGUCAGGACAAGAAGGAUGAGGCGAUUAUUCCUACUAACUAG